ACCUUCGCGUAGAAGUGGUGACGCACUCUAGUCUCGGUCUGGCAGUGCAGUGCGACGAGCAUGUGAUAAGUGCGCGGGGCGCGGGCCGCGGGCUGCGGGCGUAGGCGAGCAGUGAGCGCGAUCACGUCACUCGCGAGAGGGGCGGGUCGCGCCGCGCGCUCUAUGUUUACUUAUUUACAUGAGAUGUAAGCUAGUACACCAGCACAUUCCACACCAAACGGACGCUCGUCCGCUGAUACUCGCCUAUCGAUGUGCAUUUAGUGUUAAUCAUUAACAGUGGUUGCAUUUCUUGAUCAGUGAGUGCAUAUGACACAGUUUGGUCUUUGCAAACUUUGCAACUUUGGUAUUCUGGUGAGCAGCUGUAGGGACAGCUGAUGUGACUAUGAAAUAAAAUGAAAUUUAGGUCCUGUCAGAUAAAUCCGGAGCAAGUGCGGUUGCUUCUGUUCAAAGAGUGUGAUUGGAGGGGCAGGAAGCUAUUGUUUGACUCUGCUGCUAUACAGAAGGUCCCAGCCAAUAAAAAUGAUAAGCCAAAUGUCAGACAGUCUGAAGAAGUGCCAUGCAUAUUGGAGGUGUCAGAGGGAUUCACAUACCUGUACAAGGGACCGGCGGCGGACGCGAACGUUCUCGGUGAGAUGAUAUUCGGUGCAGUCGCCAUGAACUACAAGAGCGUAUCAUUGAAAAUCCACAUCAUGGAUGAGCCAAGGAGGUUGAUGUGCUCAAAAGUAUUCUGCGUACCGACUCGCCGGAUCAGCCGGAUAGGGAAUCCGGAGAGGAGGGAAGCAAGUGCUUGUGAGAAUGGAGACCGAUCCAAACCUCUCAGUGUCCCUCUUGUGAGGGAAGAGGGAGUUUCGCUCAGUUUUUCGCUAGAUAGAGGAGAUUCGGGUUACUACGGAGACCACUCGCCGUACAGCAGUGUCGGGUCCACGCACGAUUACUUCUCAAUGUGCGAUAUCUGGGAUAGCAACAACCAGGACGAUUUCGCCUCUUUUCACUUACCAGCUGGCAGAAGACUUAGUACAUCAAGCAACGGUAGUUGGCAAAGGAGAACGUUCCAGAACAUGGCGACGAGGUUCGAUGUCGGACAUCAGAGUGCCAACCUGCUCAGAGUACCAACUGCUACUAGCAACACCGCCAGUUCUGAUUCGCAGAUCUACAGCAAUAGUACAACGAGUGGUACUUGUGAGAGCAUAGCAAGCACAGGAUCAGCGAUGCUACAUAGGAAGAACAAGCUCGGACUAGCGCUGUUAAUCACUGUCAACGACUCCACGCAAAUAGACUUGGUGAGACGAUGCCUGGAGCACUCCCCGCAGCUGCAAGCGCUAGUGUGUCGGCUGCGACUGGCUACACUAGCUGCCGGGGCCACCGGCGGCAGGGUGUCCACCUUGUACCGGGCUGCGGAACACGCUGCGAGCUGGUUAUCGGAUCUGGUGUACGGGCCUCGCCUACAGCCGAUGUGGUUGAAUCUAGUCACUGGCGACGCACGGACGUCCAACAAACUGGCUGAGAAUCUUCUGUCCGAUCUCUGUGCCGUACUGUCUACGGGAGACACGAAGACCACCAAUUUUUUCAUCAGCACGCUUCUGACGCACGUGCUUACUUACCACCUCGGCUGGGUGGCCACUGUCAGCCCGUACGAUACCAUCGACCAUCAGGCGAGGCCACAGGAUGCAACCGAGGCCAAACCCUACAACGCUCUGUGGGCUCAGCUCGGCGACCUCUGCGGGAGUAUCGGCUUCCCUCCCCGCACCGCCCGCACCAUCAUCAGCGGCUCCAACAACACGCAGUUCCUCAACAAGCUCCUCGCCGUGCUCACCUACUUCGUGCGCUGCGGUGACGUCAGACGUAACGACUUCGUAUUCCAAGACUGCACACUUAAAGAAACCAAAGUCGUCAACGUCACUCCCGAGCCCACCGGCCUGAAGAGGGUCGCCACUCGCGUCAACAAGCUGGAGCAGUGCGAAAUAAACAGUUUAACAGUGCCGUCAGUGAAUACUCAGAACAGUGAUAGUAGUGUCAGUACGUUAGCGGCCAGCGAGGUCAGCAUCAAGCGAUCGUCCACGCUCGCCAACUUAGGUCAAAAGCUCUCUAAUAGCUCCGAGUUCGCAGGAGUAGACUGUAGUUCAACGAGUGACGUGCCAGUUACCAGCCUCCUCAAGAGGAACCCAACCAUGAUGCUGUCGUUGAAAGCUUCUUCGGAUUCUAGUCUAAAUUCGUCGCUUUCGGAGAACGAGACGGAGGAAAAGAAAGUUGUGUUUGUGUUAGGUGACAACGACAAAUUGGUUGGGCUGAAGAACAAGUCUGCUGACGGAAAAUCAGUGAAGAAGUCUUCCAAAAUCCACAAUGAACCCUUGACUCUUGAAGUACCAGAGAAGAUGACUGAACCGUGCACGAAAAAUGGCUGUGAGCAGGACAAACGGGCCGACAGUCCGUCGAAAUGCUGCGGGCAAACGCUUCAACAUUCCAAACCAAUCAAACAUUCCGGUUUUAAGUUCGAGUUCGAUAAGUACCCUCAGAUAGUCACUAAUUAUAUGAAGAGCAAAAACUUAGAGAUAUUAGAUAGGCACUAUAUCGGUAAACCGGGGAAUUUGAAGCUGGACAACUUCCAGUUUGACCCGACGGUCGUGCCGCCGAUACAGGAGGAGCGGUGCGAGACGUGCGUCAAGUGUCAGAUGUUGGAGUCCAUGCUGCAGACUCCCACCAACGCCUCGGAGAUGGAGUACAUGAACGACAUGCCGCGGCAGAUAGAGCCGCAGUACGCCAGGGAGACCAUUGUGGAGCCUUCUCCGGAGAGAGAGGCGCCGAAAACCUUUGUGAGGCAGCGGAAGGAGAAUACAGUCGUAGUUAAUGUGAAGCCUAAGGAGGAAGUGUGUGAACCAAAAAAGGCUGAGAGGAGGUUGCGUGGGAGGGAGAAGGCGAGUGAGAAGUUGGUGGACGUGAAGCAAGUGUUGGAGUUCCCGGUGCGCGCGCUGUGCGGGGGCUGCGGGCCGCGCGCCGGGUACCACGCCUCGCUGCUGGGCGGGCUCACCGACCAUUAUGUACCUGAUCUAGUUUUACAAGGAACAAUUUCCAAACCGGCUGCUUGGGAGCCCGACUUACGUCGCGACUUGGACCUGACGUCGUACAUCAACAAGACUGCCGAGUCUCCGGUACAGGCAGUCGCCAUCGUCGGGGAUAUUAGUACUUGGGAAGUACGAGUGAUAGGCAGAGAUUGCGGUUCAGGCGGCAUGUCAUCCCUAGUGGGCGCCAUGUUGGAUACGUUACCCGCUAUGUGGAAGGCGAAGGUCCCGGCGCAACAGUGCAUAUCAUUCUUGGAGAGCAAGCUCCGUGAAUUCUGCGUGCUAUCGAAGACACUAGCGGACAUGUUGAUGUCAACGGACUUCUGUGACAUCGCGACGUUGACCAAGUCGCUGAACAUCGAUGUCAAUGACGUCCCACUGUUACUGGCCGUGGCCAGUACCCACACUCCACAAGUGGCCGCCAGAUACGGCCUCAGCUAUGGAUAACAUACCCAUAGCCCGUGGGACCCCACGCACUGGUUAACUUGAGACAACAAAUUGAAGGUAUUCUACACCUAUCAGCUACUUAUGGCAAGACAGGUGACCAAAACCUUGGCUAUGAAUGAAAUUUCAACUCUAUUUGUAGCCGUUACAAGGUAAAUUCCUGCUUGUCAAAAGAAAUGUCUUAGCUAUCAAAAGUGGUAGCUUUAUUCGUGGUAGAAAAUUAUUUGUGUAUCUUCUCCCAACUUAUGCUAAAUGUUACGAUUGUAAUCACGAUUUUUAAUACGCACUUUUAAUAUGACGUGUUUAGUCUACGACGUUGGUAUUUAAAUGGUGUUUGUACGCAUACGUAGUACGAAUCCGUAGGUCCUAAGUGCAAUGUGCUUGCGUCAUUGAGUAGUAGAUGAAUGGAAUGCCAAUGUGCGGAAGCCAUGCGUACUACGUUGCCACCAUCUUCGUCAUUUCAACUCGUGUUUGACAUGACACGUUAAGUCUCUGUCAAAUUGCGUCAUCUGUUCUUUAAAUAUAGUGCUAACAAUUGCAUCGUGAUGAUUUCUCUAAGCAUGCAGUUCUGUAGUCUCAAAGUACAUACAAAUUGUAAUACUACCAAAGUAUGGUUACGUAAAUAUCAGUCGAGAUCGGCUAUAUUCCGUAUUUAUAUGACCAAAUUGUAUUAGGUAUGAAUGGAAAGAAAUAUGUUGAAAAAGAAAUGUUUGGAUGAAAGAAUCUAAAUUGCAGCUCUUGUACGCUUAUAGGUAGCUAUGUGGCACGAAAAUUCUUACAUACAGUUAAAAUAUAAAUGGUAUUUGUAUUUUUAUCUUUGAAGGUUAAAGAAUGAAUUGUCAGAAAGCGGUGAUUUAGUGAGCUGCGCAGUAUUGGCUAAUGAUUAACAUAAUCCCGAUGGAAGAAUACGGGAACUAAUUUAUUUCGAUCGUAUCUUAUAAUAAUCGUAGGGAAUAUCGCUGAAAUGCAUAAUAAUUAUCGAUGUUAGUAAAUUAUUGAAACUUGCCAUAAAGUUACAGCAUUAUAUUGUAGAUUGUAACGUAUAUAGAACAAUAUUUUUAAUGUUUCGAAAGUGUAACUUUGAAAUACAAAUUCUUGCAGUAGCGUUGCGCGGGAAUCUGUGAUUUUAUUAUUAUUAUUUUUGUAAUAUUUUAUUUGUAUUUUUGUAUAUGUCGCGGGUGAAGUCUGUUGAAAGUGGGCGUCUUUUGGGCGUUGCCAACAUUGUCGAAGUUAGUACAAUAAAUAAUUCGAUAUACACGCGUCGCCCGGUCGAUGUAAACAUUACAUAAAUACCGGACUUUGCCUGCUAAAUAUCUAUUUUGAUUGUGAUAUACGAAACAAUAUUCGAGUGUCACCAUGUGAUUUGAAAUCAGUUGAGGUUUUUUAAAGGCCUAAGUAUAAUUGUGAUAGUCAAUUAAAUUUUAUAUAUUUAUUUAUACAUCGAGCUCAAAAGCUGUCAAGAUAUUUUAUGAUAUACAUAUUUUGUUUAUAAUGGCUGCGUUGUCGAUGCACUAUUUUUCAAUGUAAUCGCAUAGUUGUAGAAAUUUGGCAGCAUUCGGCAGUAGGCAGUUGCAUAGCAGUUUUAUGAAAUAUCUUUACUGCCACUGCAUGUAUGAAAUACAAUAUCAAAUUUUAAAUGUACAAGUCCUAAUAGGAUGAAAGUUACCUUUUUAAAUCAAUUAACUGAACAAAAUCAAAUGCUAAUAUAAAUCAAAACUUUAUAAUGAACUAAAUAAGGUUGCAUUUGCUCUAUGUUGUAAACUGAUUGCUAUCUCUUUCUAACUUCUUAUGCGAAUGAAGGACAGCAAUACUAUCAGUAUAAGCGAAUUGCACCUAUUUUUCACAAAUACCCAACAAUUUUUGUAAUAGGAAGAUGUCAAACACGAAAUUAUACAUUUGUGAACAUUCCAUUGCGUGUAUAAUCUGUUAGAAUUAGCGUAGUGGAGUGCAUAGAUUUCGUGCUUGAGAUUUUCGAUACGCCUAUCGCACACAUGCUUAAUCCACGGCACAUAUGCAGUUACAUAAUGUUAUAGACCAAAAUAUAAUAUUUAAUCCAUACAAGAUCCAUUUUUGAAAUAGUGCGUAACUAAUCUUGGCAAUAUAUACGCUUUCUAUUUCGUAGGAUUUGUGAUAAAUGUUGAAAUUGAGUAUUGCAUAAAUGCUAUACUUCUAUACUAUGCUUUUCUCUACUAGGAAUAAAAAAGGUAUAAUAUUAUGCGUAUUAUAUGACCCAUUGAAGUCUAGAAGCUUAUUCCAAAAUAUGUAUAUUGAACAUAAUAAUCAUUUUUGAUAGAGGCUACAUAAUCCAGUAUUUGAUAAUCAAAUUACCUAAUUCAGUAUUAAAAAAUUGUUUCAAUAAAACGCAAAUACUAGACGCCUUUAUUAAAAAUCUGCUUAAUAUUUGUAACUGCAUAUGUUUCGUAGGUUUUACAGUUUUAAUAAAUGUUUCUAGUAACUUUAUGUAUGUGAUAGGGAACGUAGGAAAGUUCAACUUUGACGUAUAACGUUGUUCCUUUAACGUUAAUAAAUAAAUUAUUUGUAUUCAAUGAAAUUUUCUUUAGCUACAUCUGUCGGCCGAUUUGAGUAAACUAAUUCUUAAUACCUAUUUCUAUCCAUCUUUCUCACUCGUAUUUUAUGUACUUUUCUAAAAACCUAUGUAAUACUUGUCACCAACUAUAUAUAAUGUAAAGAAAAUUAAAAUUUGCAACGAAAAGUUCCAAAACCGGCCGAUAGAGGCGCUGCUAUCACUUUAAAGCAUCACAUUUGUGCAAAAUUGUGUGUGGACGGCAAUUUUUGUGUAAAAACAUGAAUUUGUUGUAUACAUAUCGGUUUGUACCUAUACCUGCACCUACCUGACUAUCUCUGUACCUAAGUACCUUGUAUAUUUUCGUGAGGGUGAUAUGUAUAGUUAUUUUAUAAAUAAGUUCUCAUUUUUUUUUAAAUAAUGAGUAAUAAUUUUUUAUACUUUAAUCUGAUAAUAAAUUAUUUUUUUCAUAUUGAA